CCAGCCAUGGCGGACGUGCCGCCUGAGGUCCUCGAGCUGAACGUAGGCGGCGUGCACUACGCGACUACACGUGAUACGCUGUUGCGCGAACCAGACUCGCUGCCCGCCGCCGCGCUUGAAGAUUCCGAAUAUCCGCGCGAUGCUCGCGGUCGCAUCUUUUUCGACCGCGACGGCGUUCUCUUCCGAUACGUGCUAGAUUAUCUUCGUGAUGGCGGGCUCGUGCUUCCUGAAUGCUUUCGCGAGCAUAAACGUCUCGCGCGGGAAGCCAGACAUUACAGGCUUCCCGGACUCGAGAAUGCGGUGAGGGAAGCGGAUCCCCGACCUCCUAAUCGUGAGCGGGGCUGCAUUACGGUGGGAUAUCGUGGCAGUUUUGCUUUCGGGAGGGACGGUCUCGCUGAUGUUAAAUUCCGUAAAUUAUCACGCAUAUUGGUCUGCGGAAAGGUGACGUUAUGUCGAGAUGUGUUUGGAGAAACGCUGAAUGAAUCACGAGAUCCUGACCAUGGUUUGGCUGACAGAUAUACUUCAAGGUUCUUUUUAAAGCAUUCUUUUAUAGAGCAAGCCUUUGACAUGCUUCAAGAACAAGGGUUUAAGUUGACGGCGAGCUGUGGUAGCGGAACGGCUGGAGGAGCAGCUGAAUUGAAACCUGGAGUUGAUUCAGAGGAAAAUCGCUGGAAUCACUACAACGAAUUUGUUUUCGUACGCGAAUAAUAUUAACCUGUUCGCUAUCAGCUGAUGAUGUUAUCAAAACAAUCUCAGGUAACGUGGGAGGCGUACGGUGAAUAAUAGAAGUUACCUCUUAUUUUAGUAUCUGUUCGAUUUGUAGUAUGUUAAACUCGAAAAUACAUUAGGUAAUAGAUAAUGUACUUACUGUAUGUCUCAUUUAGACUUUUAUGAGACAUUAAAGAAACCUAUUUAAUUCAGAAAUUGAUAAUGAAUUAGAUGCAUUGUAGAUAAAAAUACAUUCAUAAUUAUUGUAAUCAAAUUAGAUGUGUAAUAUAGAUAAUAGAGUAAAAUGUAAAAAUAUAAAAACGUUUUGUAGACUAAAUUACAUAUAUAUUAAAAAUUGUAGAUUUAUCUAUCUUUUGAAUUGUGUACCAAGUACGUACUUGAAAUUGUCAAAUAAACAUUAAUUUAGAAAUACAUAUAAAUAUAAAAAAAUCUAUUUGCCAAAAACUUCAUAAAAUUUGUUUAUAGGAAUUGUUAUGAAUUAUAAUUAUUAUCCUACGUAAAUUAAAAAUACUUUUACCUAUAAUUUCAUUUAAUAACGUGUAUCCGCUGUGUUGUGAUUAAUUAUUAUAUUUUAUAACUAUCUGUAGUUAAUAUAUGAAAGCAUUAUUUUCUCUAUCAAUUUUAAGGUUUAUUCAUAUAAAAGAGCGCAACAAAUGUACCUUACUAAAAUAGUUGAACAAAAUAAGAAUUUUUAAUAGAAAACUAUUGGUAUAGAACAUACAUUAGACUUUCUCUUUGAAGAGUAAUAAAAAUAAGUACUGUAACUCUUGAUAUCCACAUAAUUUUUUUUUUAUCAUUCGUCGUUCCAAUGUAUGUUAUAUUUUAUCGCUGUAAUCACAGUAAUCCUAUCUAUAAUUUGUUAUAUUGUAUUGCUUUAAAUUAGUAUUGGACUCGGACAUAAUCUCAAACGUAACAAUUGUAGAUUUAAAUUUCAUUGAAAUAAAAAUAAUCAUUGUAAAUUAUAAUUAUGUAUCAAUUAUUUUUUUUAUAAAUAACCCUUUAAGAUUACUUA